CAGUGGGCGUGACCGAAAGAGCGGUGAGCCAGGGCGCCCAGCCUAUGGCGGCCCGCACCCAGGAAGGGGCGGGGCCAUAGGGAGGCGCGCCCUUGAGUUUGAUUGGCAGCUUCACAACCCAAUCACCGCUCGGAACAGGCGGGCGUGUGACGGCGUCUCGCGCUGACGGAGUCCUUCAGAGGGGUUCGAAGGGGAGGCGGGCCCAGGGCACGCAGGAGCCAAUCGGGAGACGCCAGACGCCUUGCGUUGUGAGCGAUGUACCUUUCGACCAAUCAAAACCGUGAUUCCUACAUGCAGUUUGAUCGACAGCUCGCUUGCCCCAUCGACGACCGCAGCUCCGCCAAGGCACAUGAUUGAUGUCUCGGAGAACCAAUCAUAGCUCGGAAAGUUCAGGAAGCGAGGCCGGGCGAGCGGGGCGGGGCGGCGCGCUCUUACCGCCUCGGCGUGCGCUCUCAGGGCAGCAUGCUGGGAGCGCGUGACGCGCCCCUGAGUGGCAGGAGCCGCGGCCAAUAGCGCUCCGCUCUCGCCCGAGCGCGCCCAAUAGGCGUGCGCGGAGCGGCGGGGGGGCGGCGCGGCGGCCGCGGCCGGGUAGGGUGUGAGAAGUUAGUGGCGCUGCCGCGGUGCCGUGAGGGGACGGAGACGGCCGGGCCCGGACCAGCGCGAUGCUCACGGACGGCACCGCCGCCGCUGCCGCCGACGAGGAGAUCGACUCGGUCGCGCCCCGCGCGCCGCCCGCCGCUGCCGAGGCGCCCGCCGCGGCCGGGCCCUCCCCGCUGGGCCUGCGGGCCGUGCGCCUCUUCGGAGAGGCCGGGCCCGGCGGGCCGGGAGGCCCCGGCGCGCCCGCGGCCGGUGAGGCCGCCCUCGACUUCAAGCUGGCGGCCGCCGUGCUCCGGAGCGGGGGCGGCGGCGGCUCCGGCAGCGACGAGGACGAGGUGUCCGAGGUCGAAUCAUUUAUUUUGGACCAAGAAGAUCUUGAUAACCCAGUACUUAAAACCACAUCGGAGUUAUUCUUAUCGAGUGCUGCAGAAGGUGCGGACUUGAGAACUGUGGAUCCAGAAACACAAGCAAGACUAGAAGCCUUACUGGAGGCAGCAGGAAUUGGUAAAUUGUCCACUGCCGAUGGCAAAGCCUUCGCAGAUCCCGAGGUUCUCCGGAGACUGACGUCGUCCGUCAGCUGCGCGCUGGACGAGGCGGCCGCCGCGCUGACGCGCAUGAGAGCCGAGAACAAUCACAACAACGGACAGGUGGACAAUCGCAGUUUGGCAGAAGCAUGCUCUGAUGGGGAUGUAAAUGCUGUCCGGAAGCUGCUGGAUGAAGGACGGAGUGUGAAUGAACAUACUGAAGAAGGGGAGAGUUUGCUUUGCUUGGCCUGCUCAGCAGGAUAUUAUGAAUUGGCGCAAGUGCUUCUAGCCAUGCAUGCCAACGUUGAAGAUCGAGGGAAUAAAGGCGACAUCACUCCCUUGAUGGCAGCUGCCAGCGGAGGCUACGUGGAUAUUGUUAAACUCCUCCUUGUCCAUUGUGCAGAUGUCAAUGCACAAUCCUCCACAGGGAACACAGCUCUCACGUACGCCUGUGCCGGGGGCUUUGUGGACGUGGUGAAGGUGCUACUGAAAGCUGGUGCUAACAUAGAAGACCACAAUGAGAAUGGACAUACCCCCCUGAUGGAGGCAGCCAGUGCAGGGCAUGUCGAGGUUGCAAGAGUAUUGCUGGAAUAUGGUGCAGGAAUCAACACUCACUCCAACGAGUUCAAAGAAAGUGCACUUACACUUGCAUGCUAUAAAGGCCAUUUAGAUAUGGUUCGUUUUUUGCUUGAAGCUGGAGCUGAUCAAGAACACAAAACAGAUGAGAUGCACACGGCGCUGAUGGAGGCCUGCAUGGACGGCCACGUGGAGGUGGCACGGCUGCUGUUGGACAGCGGUGCCCAGGUGAACAUGCCCGCGGAUUCCUUCGAAUCCCCGCUCACUCUGGCUGCUUGUGGCGGGCACGUGGAGCUGGCAGCGCUUCUGAUUGAACGAGGAGCCAACCUGGAGGAGGUUAAUGAUGAGGGUUACACACCUCUGAUGGAGGCUGCCCGGGAAGGCCACGAAGAGAUGGUGGCCUUGCUGCUGGCACAAGGGGCAAAUAUUAACGCACAGACAGAAGAAACGCAGGAAACAGCCCUGACCCUGGCGUGCUGUGGAGGCUUCUCCGAAGUCGCUGAUUUCCUUAUUAAGGCAGGAGCUGAUAUAGAGCUUGGUUGCUCAACACCUUUGAUGGAAGCUGCUCAAGAGGGUCAUCUUGAACUGGUGAAAUACUUGCUGGCAGCAGGAGCUAAUGUUCAUGCCACUACAGCAACGGGAGAUACAGCUUUGACCUACGCCUGUGAAAAUGGACACACAGAUGUGGCAGAUGUGUUGCUUCAGGCUGGUGCUGAUCUGGAGCAUGAAUCUGAAGGUGGGAGAACCCCACUAAUGAAGGCUGCACGAGCUGGUCACUUAUGCACCGUGCAAUUCCUUAUUAGCAAAGGUGCCAAUGUGAACAGGGCUACAGCCAACAAUGAUCACACAGUGGUGUCCCUGGCCUGUGCUGGAGGUCACCUGGCCGUGGUUGAGCUUCUCCUGGCUCACGGGGCAGAUCCUACUCAUCGGCUCAAGGAUGGCUCAACAAUGCUCAUUGAAGCUGCCAAGGGAGGACACACAAAUGUUGUUUCUUACUUGCUGGAUUACCCGAACAAUGUUCUGUCGGUUCCUGCAGCAGACUUGUCCCAGCUCACACCUCCAUCUCAGGAUCAGUCUCAGGUUCCCCGUGUCCCGGUGCAUACGCUCGCUAUGGUUGUACCUCCCCAGGAGCCUGACAGGACCCCUCAAGAGAACUCCCCACCUCUCUUGGGAGUGGUGAAAGGUGCAUCCAAGCAGAAGUCAAGUUCCCUGCAGGUAGCAGAUAAGGACCUACUGCCACCUUUUCACCCAUACCAGCCUUUGGAAUGCAUAGUAGAAGAGACUGAAGGCAAGCUGAAUGAACUUGGACAGAGAAUUAGUGCUAUUGAAAAAGCACAACUUAAAUCAUUGGAAUUAAUUCAAGGUGAACCUUUAAAUAAAGAUAAGAUUGAAGAACUUAAAAAGAACAGAGAAGAACAAGUACAGAAGAAGAAGAAAAUAUUGAAGGAGCUGCAGAAGGUGGAAAGGCAGUUGCAGAUGAAAACCCAACAGCAGUUUACCAAAGAAUAUUUGGAGACCAAAGGUCAGACAGACACACCACCUGCCCUGCAGCAGCAGUGCUCACUUACAGGGGUCUUCCCAGAAGUGGAAGCCGAUAAGGGUCUGCCAGAGGAUAACUUUUCAGGGUUACCUCAGGUUGACACAAUCUUGUCUAAAGAUGAUGAGCAACACCAGUCUCCAGCACCUGCUGAACAAAUAGAGUUUGUCCCUAUCCAGCCUUUGCCAGCACCGCAAUGUAAUUUUUCUGGUAACUUAGGUUAUAAUGGGACAGAGUCUCUUGAACUUCAGAAAGCAUUAGGGAAUCAGCAGAAUGUAGGACAGCAGCAGCAAAUUGCUGGGCAGGGGCUCUUAGUUCAAGAACCAGACGGAUUAAUGGUUGCCACUCCAGCACAGACGCUUACCGACACUCUUGAUGACCUAAUAGCAGCUGUGAAUAGCAGAGUGCCCAGCGGCUCCACCAGCUCCUCGCACGCUACCGAGUCCCCAACGCCCGAGCCCUGCCCGCAGGCAGCCAGCAAUGUGCCCCCACAAUCCGUGCUCCCCAUGUAUCCAUCAGUGGACAUCGAUGCACAUACUGAAAGUAAUCACGACACUGCGCUGACCCUCGCGUGUGCGGGAGGGCACGAGGAGCUUGUGUCUGUGCUGAUCGCCCGUGGUGCCAAUAUUGAACACAGAGACAAGAAGGGUUUUACACCCUUGAUUCUGGCCGCAACUGCUGGACAUGUUGGUGUUGUGGAAAUUCUUCUGGACAAAGGUGGGGAUAUAGAAGCACAGUCGGAGCGCACAAAGGACACUCCGCUUUCCUUGGCAUGCUCCGGUGGACGCCAGGAGGUUGUUGAUUUGCUGUUGGCCCGGGGAGCAAAUAAAGAACACAGGAAUGUGUCUGAUUACACGCCGUUAAGCCUUGCUGCAUCUGGUGGCUAUGUUAAUAUCAUCAAGAUUCUUCUCAAUGCUGGGGCAGAAAUUAAUUCCAGGACUGGCAGUAAGCUGGGGAUUUCUCCUCUGAUGUUGGCUGCUAUGAAUGGCCACGUUCCUGCCGUGAAGCUGCUGCUUGAUAUGGGCUCUGAUAUUAACGCCCAAAUCGAGACCAACCGCAACACAGCCCUCACCCUGGCCUGCUUCCAGGGCCGGGCAGAGGUGGUCAGUCUGCUUUUGGACAGGAAGGCCAAUGUCGAGCACAGGGCAAAGACUGGUCUCACACCUCUGAUGGAAGCAGCUUCAGGAGGCUAUGCAGAAGUUGGAAGGGUUCUCCUUGAUAAAGGAGCAGAUGUGAAUGCCCCACCCGUGCCUUCCUCAAGAGAUACGGCUUUAACAAUUGCAGCAGAUAAGGGUCACUACAAGUUCUGCGAGCUCCUCAUUAAUCGAGGGGCACACAUUGAUGUCCGCAACAAGAAAGGAAACACCCCGCUGUGGCUGGCAGCUAAUGGUGGGCACUACGACGUGGUCCAGCUGCUUGUGCAGGCAGGGGCAGACGUGGAUGCUGCAGAUAACCGCAAAAUUACCCCCCUCAUGUCAGCAUUCCGCAAGGGGCAUGUGAAAGUAGUUCAGUUCCUGGUGAAAGAAGUUAACCAGUUUCCUUCAGACAUUGAGUGCAUGCGCUACAUAGCGACCAUCACAGACAAGGACCUGUUGAAAAAGUGUCACCAGUGUGUGGAGACAAUUGUGAAAGCUAAAGACCAGCAGGCUGCAGAAGCCAAUAAAAAUGCAACUAUACUGCUGAAGGAGCUAGACCUGGAAAAAUCAAGAGAGGAGAGCAGAAAACAAGCUCUUGCAGCCAAAAGGGAGAAAAGAAAGGAAAAGAGAAAGAAGAAGAAAGAGGAACAAAAAAGAAAACAAGAAGAAGAUGAAGAAAACAAGCCUAAGGAAACUUUGGAACUGCAAGAAGAUGAUGAUGAAGAAGAAAAUGAUGAUGAAGUGGAGCAAGAAGUUCCUAUAGAGCCUCCAAGUGCAACUACUACAACUACAAUUGGAAUUUCUGCAACUUCAACUACCUUCACAAAUGCCUUUGGGAAGAAGAGAGCUAAUGUGGUGACUACCCCCAGCACAAAUAGAAAAAAUAAGAAAAAUAAAACAAAAGAGACUCCUCAGAAUAUGCAGAUAAUUUUGCCAGAUCAGCAUAUAUCUCUAGCACAGCAAAAAGCAGAUAAAAAUAAAAUAAAUGGAGAGCCAAGAGGUGGUGGUGCAAGUGGGAACAGCGAUUCAGAUAACUUGGAUAGCACAGAUUGCAAUAGUGAAAGCAGCAGUGGAGGGAAGAGCCAAGAGCUGAACUUCACAAUGGAUACAAACUCCUCGGAGCGGCGCUACGCCUCACUGCUCAUCCCCUCUCAGGAAGACAAAAACAGCACCUCGGCUUCCAAAACACCAACAAGGAGGGAAGAAGUUGAUGACUCCGAGCAUUUCACCUGCCAGGUUGAUGGCCAGUUUGAUAUAACCUUGUCGAGCCAGAGACUUGAUGGUGAAGGUCAUUCGAAUUCUUUGUCGACUACUUAUAAGGCUGUUUCCCUGCCUCUGACCUCUCCAAAUGUAAAGCUGAAUCUGACCAGUCCAAAAAGAGGCCAGAAAAGAGAAGAAGGCUGGAAAGAAGUGGUUAGAAGGUCAAAGAAAUUAUCAGUCCCAGCUUCUGUCGUAUCUAGAAUAAUGGGAAGAGGUGGGUGCAACAUCACAGCAAUUCAAGAUGUCACUGGUGCCCACAUUGAUGUGGAUAAGCAAAAAGAUAAGAAUGGAGAGAGAAUGAUCACUAUAAGGGGUGGUACAGAGUCCACGCGAUACGCAGUGCAACUCAUCAAUGCCCUUAUUCAAGAUCCUGCCAAGGAACUGGAAGACUUGAUUCCUAAAACUCAUAUAAGAACACCUGCUUCGAGUACCAAAUCAAUCCACGCAAACUUUUCAUCUGGAGUCAGCACUGCGACUGCUUCCAACAAGAACUCCUUUCCUCUCGGAGCGCCGCCCCUGGUCACAUCGCAGUCAUCAACACUAUCAACUUUCCAGCCUCCUAACAAAUUGAACAAGAAUGUCCCAGCGAACGUGCGCUCAUCUUUUCCGGUGUCUCUUCCUCUCGCUUAUUCUCACCCUCAUUUUGCCUUGCUGGCUGCUCAAACUAUGCAACAGAUCCGGCACCCUCGCUUACCUAUGGCCCAGUUUGGAGGAACCUUUUCACCUUCACCGAACACUUGGGGACCAUUCCCAGUGAGACCUGUUAACCCUGGCAGCACGAACAGCUCUCCAAAGCAUAAUAGCUCGAGCCGUGUAGGUAGCCAGAAUGGAAACGUUCUGCAGACGGAGUCUCCUGGCUUGGCUACGUCCAGUUGUCCCGUUACCGCCUCGUCUGUAGCUGCUUCCACCCAGCCUCUGGGUGUGACCAGUAACCGGACUCCCUCCUCGGUCAGGAAGCAGCUCUUCGCCUGCGUCCCCAAGACGAGCGCUGCAGCAACAGCCAUCUCAACUGUGACGAGCACCUGUAGCACUCUGCCCUCAGCUUCCUCUGCCCCCACAAACAAUGGGCAAGUACCCACGGCGUUUCUGCCAUCUACUGCUCCGCAAGCGCAGCAUUCUGCCCUGAAAGGGGACUCGUUCUCGGCUGUCUCCGCCCCCAAGGAGAAGGUGUCGACCCCCGAGCAGCCGCCCACAAGCGCGUGCCCACCAGCUUCAGCCGCGAGCAGUUGCAGCGUGUCAGCCAGCAGCAGCUCAGGGGGCACCGAAACGCGCCCGGCGAGCAGCCCCGCGCCGCUCAGCGGUGCCCAAGAUGAGAUACUGCCAACCAGCAUGUCUGAGAUCAGCCCUUCCAUGUCGAUGCCUUUUUCAUCCAGCUCAGAAUCUGCUCCUUUAAGCUUAGCGUCGCCCAGGUCAGUUGUUGCAGAUAAUCAGGACAACAGUAACUUACCUCAAGUAGCUGUACCAGCACCUCGAGUUACUCACAGGAUGCAGUCCAGAGGUUCUUUCUAUUCAGUGGUACCAAAUGCAAACCUCCAUCAAGAUCCUCAGUCUAUUUUUGUUACGAAUCAAGUUCCUUUAACACCUUCUCAAGGUCCACCUGCUGCAGUGCAGCUUUCGUCAGCCAUGAACGUUAUGAACGGUUCUCAGAUGCACAUUAACCCAGCAAACAAAUCAUUGCCUCCUGCCUUUGGGCCAGCAACGCUCUUCAAUCACUUUAGUAGUCUUUUUGAUAGCAACCAGGUGCCAGCUAACCAAGCAUGGGGAGACUGUCCACUCUCUACCCGAGCAGCAGCUGACCCAUCUUUCACUGUUCAGUCUACCUUUCUGAAUAACUCUGUGCUAGGACAUGUGGAAAACGUCCAUCCCGACAACUCCAAGGCUCCUGGUUUCAGGCCACCUUCCCAACGGGUUUCAACUAGUCCUGUAGGCUUACCCUCUCUAGAUCCAUCCAACAGCUCUACAACUUCUUCUUCAGGUCCUUUGACAGGCUUUUCAGCAAACAUACAAGGAGCACGGGUUUACCUUCAAGGGCCAGCGCCUGUUGGGACUCCCAGCUUUAACAGACAGCAUUUUUCACCACAUCCUUGGACAAGCGCAACAAAUUCAUCAGGUGAAUCUCCUAUUCCAUCAGUUUCCUCAGGAUCAUCUUCACCCCUCUCAGCUGCUUCUGCACCUGCUAACUUGGGCCAGCCAAAAACGGGUAACGCCAACCAGGAUCGGAAGGUGCCCCCUCCCAUCGGGACAGAGAGGCUCGCCAGGAUCCGGCAGGGAGGCUCCGUCACUCCCACGCCCUUGGGAACCAACUUCACUGCCCCCGUGGGCCACAGCGGCAUCUGGUCCUUCGGGGUCAACAGCGUGUCUGAAGGUUUGUCGGGUUGGUCUCAGCCUGUCAUGGGAAGUCAUCCAAUGCAUCAGCAGCUGUCAGACCCAGGCACGUUUUCUCAGCAUCAGCCAAUGGAGAGAGAUGAUUCUGGAAUAGUGGCUCCCUCGAAUAUUUUCCACCAACCUAUGCCAAAUAGUUUCGUGGAUUUUUCUAAAGGCCUGCCCAUCUCCAUGUACGGCGGCACUCUGAUACCCUCGCACCCCCAGCUGGCAGAUGGCCCAGGAGGGCCCCUCUUUAACGGGCUCCAUACUCCAGAUCCCGCCUGGAAUCCCAUGAUCAAAGUUGUCCAGAACUCAACAGAAUGUACUGAUGCUCAGCAGAUUUGGCCUGGCACCUGGGCACCUCACAUUGGAAACAUGCAUCUCAAGUACGUCAACUGAUUUAAGGGGGUCUGUCCUUUUUUAGCCUGGUUUGGGAAUCUUUAUGACCUUGAAGAACCCUGGGGAUUUUUUUCAUGUGCCUAACUAAGCAAUUUUCUGUGGGCUGUAACAAUGGAAUCUCGAUUGCCCGUUGUAUGAGAACAAAUUGACUUACCUAUAGAAACUGAUUCUGUUCUUCAGUUAGUUUAGCCACUUCAAACUUAAAAAUCAGACAAAAUUAGUGCUUUUGGCUAAACACUACUGAAUGCUCCUUGUAUGCAGCAGAGAAUUAGCUGAUGACAUGAUUUCAACCUUUUAGGGUGGUAAAUACCUGUAUAAUUGUUUACAGACUUAAAAGGAAAAGCUGAGUAAAUUUCAUGUCGUAUAGUGGCUCUACUUUAUGUAGCCUGUAUUAAUGUGAAAUAUUUACCUGAAUACUCAAUAAAAGGCAAACAGCAUCUCUAGGUUGUGUGUGAGAAUUUUGGAAAGGGCUGUAUGUUGUUGUCCUCAGGAGCUGCUGCCGUGCCCGGUGAUGCAUCUCCCCAGGGUCACGUACUGAGCACGUGGGUGCAGUCAGCUUUGGGAGGGUUUGCAGGCACAGAUGUCUGCAGAGUCCUUGCCCCUGCCACUUGUGAGCCUUUUAUUGGUGUGAACCUGCUUCUGUGUUACGGUUUUUUCCUUCUGGAAUAGUUCUGCUGCUUCUGGCACUUCUGGCAGGUGGUCACCUGAGAGAUCAGGCUUUGCUCAAGGCUGCUAAGAAAGGCUGACAACAGUGACAGGAGAACGCAGAGUUCCUUCACCUGCCCAGAAGCAGAUCUUAGAAAAGUGCUUCCCAUUAGAGGAAAAUGUAAUAGAUUCAGUUCUAAGCUUCUUGUAAUGCUGUAAAUCCAUUAAGAGCUUCUCAAGUCCUUUCUCUGAGGAAGAAGAGGAUUUUUGCACACUGCUUAAGAUGAACAUUAACUCCCGACCCAGUUCUCCACUUUCUGCACUUGGACUGUGCUUAGUUUUGCUUUUGCUCCGAAGCAAUGCAGUAACUACACAGAGUGUUGCAUCCAUUCCUUAAGCAGGAAGCUCCAGUGCACAUAAUAGUGUCUAAUCCAAUGGAUCAGUCUCAGACCAGGUGGAGUCUCACCUUCUUCCACCUUAUCCAGACAAAUCCUUACAUGCAGCAGCAGAGCUUCCCCAGUAAAAGCAUAAAGAAGUACUGAAAAUCCAAACUGCACAAGCAGUAUCCACAUACCGCAGGCAAAUCAACCUCAGAAGCACUACUGGAUGGUAUAUUCAGAUAUUUGUCUUGGUAUUUGAGGACAAAAUGCAAAAAAAAAAUUGAACUGCUGCUGCCCUAGUGGUAGUGCAAAGACCAAAGGACAUACACACAGAAUCAGUCACAGAAAAGUUUGUGAUGGAAGUGGCCUUAAAGAUCACCCAGUCCAACGCCCUGUGUGGGCAGGGGACACGUGUCAGCAGCAGUGUAUUGAAAACAAGCAGUGUUGUGCAGUAGGUGUGUGCUCUUGGGGUGAGGUGCAGGGGAGGGGUGUGGUGCCCACGUCUGUGGGUUCCUUGGCUGCAGCAAGCAGUGCCACCUCCUCCUGCCCCCUCCUGGGGAGCCACUGUCUCCCCAGCCUGGAGGGCUGCAGCUCCAGGGUGGGUGGCACACUCUGUGACACCAGUGGCCAAGACCCAGGAUGGGGAUGGGGCUGUCCCUGGAACAGCCUUGGCCACCCCAGCCCUGCCGAACGUAGGCAGCUCUUCCCUGCACAGCUCCUUCCCUGAGGACAUGGGCACUUCCUCUCAGCAUCACAUCCAAGUGGCCCCAGCAGCCUCCACUAAAGUGGAAAAGGGAACCACAGACUUUAGUAGGAAGAUCCUGCUCAAAGUUUGGACCACCUCUGCUCCCUGCUUACAGGGGGCACAGGCAGAGACAAGGCCUUGUGCUUCUGGGGAGCAGGCUGGUGGCAGUGCCAGGGGGCUGGUGAGUGCAGUGCUGGUCCCUCAGGGCAGGCUGGCUGGAUCCAGGGAAAGCAUGGGGAUAAUGCCAGAGUCUGUGCCCGCUUGAAUUCACCAGCCCUGGGUGGCAGGGCUGCCCCAGGCCUGUCCUCCUUCCCCCCUCUGACCCCCUGGGUCAGCCAUGGAACAGGUCCUUUUCUUUGCUGUCUGUGCCUCAUUCCUGAGCUGGCCACGUUCGGGUUGAGCCACAGGUGCCCGCCCUGGCUCCAUCGUGUGCCUUCAGCUAAGCUGCUCUGGGGUGAGAGAGCCCAGCCCGGUGCUGUGGGGCCGUGGCAGGGUGGGCUGUGUAAGAUGUUUGCGGUGCCCAGCAGGAGCUCCAGGCUCACUGGCACCUCGGGCAGCAGCUCUGGGCUCCCUGCAACCCUGGGCUGCACCCGCUGCCAGAGCCUGCCAGGGAACUGGUGCUGGGCUGCAGGGAGGGAUGGACAGGGGAUGGCAGGGCUGCAGAGGUGGCACAGAGGCUGCUGUGACCUCAGGCAUUGCUGGCAGGCAGCUGGGGCAUGGGGAGGAGGCAGAGUGUGCCCCGGGUGGACACUGCACACGCAGCAGGCUGGAGGAGGAGAUGUCCCAUCGAACCCAGCUGUUCUCCUUGCAGGGAGCAGCAGGUGGCUGGUGAGACAAUGGAAACGGCUCCCCAGGGUGCCCAUGGUGCGAUACCCAGCCCUUGCUGCUCCACCCUGGAACAGGGCACCACACAAAGCUGUUGCUGCCUGGGCAGCAGGCUGGGGCCUCGCUGUGUGCCCCAGGACUGGCCCUGCCCUUCAGGCAGCUCAGGGGUGGCCUAUGUUGGCCACCAUGGGGUAGCCCUUGGGAGGCUGGACCCCCUGUGCUGCAUCCUGCAGAGCUCCAAAAGCCUGAAGGGGAGGAAUAAUGUGGGGAAUAGCUGCUGGGCAGGAUGGGUGUCACAGGCUGCCUUGUGGGAAGCCAGAUGUGGUGGCUUCAGAGUCAGAUGUGUCCAUGAGCCAUGGCCAAGCACUGGCUCCCACCCCCUGCUCUGGGCUGAGGUGCUCAGGGGUGGGGGUGGCCAGGGCCAGCAGUGGCUGACAGGCCCCCGCUUUUGGCAGGUACCCGCAUCAUCUGCGACCGCAAGUUCCUGCUGGAGUGCAAGAAUUCACCCGCGGCCAGGACCCCUCCCUGCUG